GGCAAAAACGUUGUCUGAUCAGCCUGCCUUAUUGGGUAGACGCUGAAUUACCGGUAUCAGUGUUAUUUCUUCAGUUGUACUGACGCGAUGAUGGUCACUCGUAGCCGGGUCUUGUGACCAUAUUGUGCCGCGUUGGAAAACGACAGUUGGGGUACAAACAUCGUUCGUGAGAAAUACCUGCAGGCUCAGUCCAUCACAGCAUUCGGAUAGGAUUGGAUUGCCGAAGUGCGAGUUUCACGCUUAUCGUCUACUAACUACAAAGAUACGUUUAGGCAAUAGCAUUUUAUUGACUCAAGUGAUAAAAUGUAUUUCGACGGUAAACCGGUUUCGUAGUUAGAGAGUAAUUCAUCUUUUUUACAUGCACGAAGGCAAAGAAGUCGCAUUGGUAACUAACUGGUGGUGCGUUUAAACGAGUGGAAAAAAUAUGUUUAUUCGGCAGCAAUGAAUCAAACAUCGAACAGAUCAAAUAUUGAUGCAUACUCGCUAAUUUAAUGACCGUGUAUUCGAUACUGAUUAAAGGUGAUACCCAUUGAAAAAGAGCCGAUAAGAAGCUCUGCGAAAAAUUUCAAGUUGCACAAGUGUAGUUGAAUUUUAAAUUAUCAUAAAAACGAAAGAAGCAUGAGUGAACUAAAACUUAAGCCUAUUGAAAAUUCCAAUCUGUACAAACGACGAACUACCUCGCGGGAAAACCUCCUUCAUGCGACUGCAUCUGGUGGUUCAGACUACUCGCUGACGGUGGCAGUGGGUAAUUACGCAAACUUGUACUCACCCGAGCACAACCACUCCUCUCAAGCAAUGCAAACGAAUGAAGGAAUGCUUUAUCAGAACACACCAACGGCGAUAAGAAGUAUACAGUAUGUCAACAGUAAUGCUGUUAGUGCAAAUGUAGGCGAAUUUACUGCUAACCCAAAUCGAAGUCUGCGCGAUGCGGACAAAUUCGGCGAGAAACACACGUUUUUAAAUCAGCAUCGUCAAAUUACUGAUAAUAACUGUGGAUAUAGUGUAACCGGCGAGAGUGCAUUUCCAGCAAACGUUAUUCGUGAGUUUAAAAGCAUCAAUUUGGGUACACGGCAAUCGCCAUCGAUUGGACCAUAUCAAAAUCUACCCGCGGCUGACUCAACCUCAAAACCUAGAAAAAUGGAACUCAAGGAUCCAACCGGACGUAGCAACGUGGAGGUUAUUGGAGUUUCGGCCAAUAUGUCGCUUGGCACCAUGAUGUGCACCAGGUGCGACGAAGGCUUCGAACCACACGAGCGGAUCGUCAACUCGAACGGACAAUUGUGGCAUACACAAUGCUUCGUAUGCGCACAAUGUUUUCGUCAGUUCCAGGAUGGAAUCUUUUACGAGUUCGAGGGUCGCAAGUACUGCGAAAAAGACUUCCAUAUUCUGUUCGCUCCGUGCUGUAACAAGUGUAAUGAUUUCGUUAUCGGGCGCGUCAUCAAGGCGAUGGCCGCCAACUGGCACCCGGAGUGUUUCACGUGUGAGAGAUGCAAUAUACCGCUAGCCGAUUCCGGUUUUAUUCGAAACCAAAAUCGCGCACUAUGCCACGAUUGCAACCGCAAAGAAAAGGAAGUCGGCUUGGGAAAGCAUAUUUGCAACAAGUGCCAUGGUAUAAUUGAUGAAGCUCCUCUCCGAUUUCGUGGAGAGGUAUACCAUGGUUACCAUUUCAAUUGUACUGCUUGUGGAGUGGAACUGGAUUCAACUGCCAGAGAAGUCAAGAAUCGCACUGGAUAUGCUGCCAAUGAUAUGAACGAAUUGUAUUGCUUGCGGUGUCAUGAUCGCAUGGGCAUUCCGAUUUGUGGUGCUUGUCGACGUCCGAUCGAAGAACGCGUUGUUACUGCUCUAGGCAAACACUGGCAUGUGGAGCAUUUCGUCUGCGCCAAAUGCGAGAAACCUUUCCUUGGGCACCGCCAUUAUGAAAAACGCGGUUUAGCAUAUUGCGAAACGCAUUACCAUCAGCUGUUUGGUAAUCUUUGUUUUGUUUGCAACCAGGUUAUAGCUGGUGACGUGUUUACUGCUCUGAAUAAAGCAUGGUGCGUUCACCACUUUUCAUGCUCGAUUUGCGACAACAAAAUGGAUCAAAAAUCUAAAUUUUACGAAUACGAUGAAAAACCGGUAUGCAAGAAAUGCUACGAGCGCUUCCCAGCUGAACUACGACGUCGCUUGCGCAUUGCCCACGAGAAUACGUUAAAAAAGAAUGUCAACUAAAUACGAUCAUUAUCUUGAAGCGUCAAGUACGAGUGUAUUGCUGAAAGCAUGAUUCAUGCAAGCCCGUUCACCGGCAAACGAGUAUUGUAACUGCAUGGCCAAAACGCAAAGGAAUGUAGUAAACAUUUUAUGCUAUUUACAUUUUUCAUUCAGAUUAACACAAAACGUGGCUGAUACAUGGUCAGCUUAUUUUUUACUGUUGUGCCUUGAAUUUACAAAUCUCGAAAAAAGAAUAAUAUAUUAAAACUUUAAAGUUUAAAGCUCGAUUUUUAACCCAGGUAUAAUACUUACGAUGCUAAUAACAAACAAAAACAACAUGACCCAAUUUAUAUACUUUUGUAGUCUAAUCCGUGUAGUAAAUGUGAAACUGACAUGUCAAAU